CAACUUUAUUAUUAAAGAUUUCCUUUUUUGUAAACAAAGUGAGAUAAAAUGAAUUCAUUUAUAAUAUUGCUCAUUUGCGUGUUUUCUGGUGGUGUUAUUGUAAGCUGCGAAACGCCCAAAGUGAAAAUUGGAGUAAAAAAGCGCGUAGAGAACUGCACAAGGAAAUCAAAAAAUGGAGAUCUUGUUCAUGUGCAUUACAAGGGCUCCCUGCAAGACGGCACAGAAUUUGAUAGCAGUUAUAAGCGUGGAACUCCGUUUUCUUUCACACUUGGCUCGAAGCAAGUAAUUAAAGGGUGGGACCAAGGAAUUCUUGGCAUGUGUGAGGGCGAACGCCGAAUGCUUGUCAUACCCCCAGAGCUGGGCUAUGGAACCAGUGGAGCUGGCGGUAAAAUACCUCCCAAUGCUGUUCUCAGUUUUGAUGUGGAGCUAGUCAAAAUUGAGUCACGCGGUGGUUCGACGGAUGAGCUUUAAAAUACCAAACUCGUAUCAAUAAAACCCCAAAAACUUUAAUUUUAAGGUGAAUAUCUAUAUCAGAUUACACAAAUAUAAAACUACGUACCAAUGUAUAUAUGUA